AGAACUUAGUCAAGUUGAACCAGCAGUUGCUGAAGCGAAACAAGCCGUCAAUUCAGUAAAGCGUGCACAGUUGGUUGAAAUUCGUGCACUGGGUAAUCCACCCCAGUUGGUCAAAAUGACCAUUGAAUCCAUCUGUACAAUGUUGGGUGAAACUGAUUUGGAUUGGAAAGAACUGCGUUCCUGCCUACUUCGGGAUAAUUUUAUCGCUUCCAUUGUAAACUUUAAUACAGAGGAUAUUACGUGAGUGUUAUGAGGCUUCCUAUCACGUUAGUUCCUUGCCACAAAAAAAACAUCUGCAUUUCUUCAUCUGUUGCGUCUCUGUGUAUAUUUGCUGGCUGUUAAACGUUCGCCAAGUUUUUUGAUGAAUGUCAGUGUGUUUAUUCCUUCGCAAUGUUUCAUUGUUUUCUUCAGUGUUUGUAAUUGUUGCUUGUGUUUUCAGUUUUUUCUUCUUUUGUUACUUGUUAUUAUUUGUCUCAGCUGUCGAAGGGAUACGCAAAAGAGAUAUUCAAGAGAUAAGAGCUAUGAAAAAUCCUCCUUCAGUAGUCAAAAUGGCAGUGGAAUCCAUUUGUCUAUUAUUGGGAGAGGGAUCUACUGAUUGGAAUCAGAUUUUGAAAACGCUUGUGAAAGAUUCAUUUGUUCCCAGCAUUAUCAAUUUUAACACUGACGAUGUGACGUAAGUUUUGAUUAUUGAGCUUUCCAGACGCUUACUCCCUCCUGCUACAGUACUUUAUAAAACUAUUUUAAAAAAAAAGCACUUCAAGUAUACACUGCAUAAGUUCGAACCUGUGUUGGUGAAUAUUAAAUAGUCUGAUGGUUUCUGGCAGUGCUGUAGGUUACAGUGUUUCUUUGAAUUGCCUCCUUUCAUACACCUACCAAGUGUAUCUCAUUGGUUGCAUUUGGAGUAAUAGUUUUUUAUGUGAACAGUGUUCAUACUAUGUGUCAUGAAUGUUAUGUUAAAUGUUGAAUGUUUGCUUGCGUUUGUUUGGCUUGCUGUAUUUAUGUACAUGCUUGCUUUUUCUUCUACAAGUAUAUGUCUACAGUGUAUUUAGGUGUUAAUUCACCGUUAUUUUCUACUCAUUAUUUUAUGAUUAUCAUUUUUACUGAUAAGAGAAUCGUUUUGAAUUCAGUGCCAUUGUUCACCAUACAACAUACAGUAUGUGAUCCUGACAUUUUUUCCCCUCAAUAUGUACCAUCUAUGUUCUCCUUUCAGUGACAGUAUCCGAGAGACAAUGAAAAAGAAGUACAUCAGUAAUCCUGACUAUAACUUUGAAAAAGUCAAUAGAGCCAGUAGUGCUUGUGGGCCAAUGGUGAAAUGGGCGAUAGCACAGAUAAAUUAUGCUGAUAUACUGAAGAAAGUUGAACCUCUACGAAAUGAAUUGCAAACGCUAGAGGCUGCUGCAACCACGAAUAAAGAGGAAGCGAAGAACGUUGAAGUGACAAUUGCAGCUUUAGAGAAAAGUAUUGCCAAAUACAAAGAGGAAUAUGCAGUUCUUAUUAGUCAAGCUCAAGCAAUCAAAUCAGAUUUGGCGACUGUAGAAGCGAAGGUUGCACGUUCCGUUGCAUUGAUCAAAUCAUUGAGUAAUGAACGAGGUCGUUGGGAAAGUGGAUCUGAAACUUUCAAAUCUCAAAUGUCUACUAUAUUUGGUGAUUGUCUACUAUCGGCGGCAUUUAUGGCUUAUGGUGGUUAUUUUGACCAACAUUUUCGCACAAGAUUAUUUGCUACAUGGUGUCAACAUUUACAAUCUGUAGAUAUACGUUUCCGUAAUGAUCUGGCUUUGGUGGAGUAUCUAUCAAAUCCAGAUGAACGACUUAGAUGGCAGGCUAAUGCUCUUCCUGAUGAUGAAUUAUGUGUCGAAAAUGCAAUAAUACUACGACGUUUCAACAGAUAUCCAUUGAUAAUCGAUCCAAGUGGUCAGGCAACUGAAUUCUUACUUAAUGAAUACAAGUCUAAAAAAAUCAUGAAAACUUCUUUCCUUGAUGAUGCUUUCCGUAAAACUUUAGAAUCAGCCUUAAGAUUCGGUACACCACUUCUUGUUCAAGAUGUAGAAUCUUAUGAUUCUAUUUUGAAUCCAGUGCUCAAUCGAGAAGUUCGUCGAACAGGUGGUCGUACAUUAAUUACUAUUGGAGACCAGGAUAUAGAUUUAUCACCGACAUUCAGUAUUUUCCUAUCUACAAGAGAUCCUUCAGUAGAUUUUCCUGCUGAUGUUUGUUCUCGUGUAACCUUUGUCAAUUUCACUGUCACACGUGGCAGUUUACAAAACCAGUGUUUAAAUGCGGCUCUCAAAGCUGAACGUCCAGAUGUGGAUGCCAAGAGAUCAGAUUUGUUAAAAAUGCAAGGUGAAUUCCAACUGAAGUUGCGUCACCUAGAAAAAGAUUUAUUACAGUCAUUAAAUGAAGCCAAGGGUAAUCUGUUAGAUGAUGACAAGAUUAUUACACAUUUGGAGACAUUGAAACAAGAAGCCGGUGAAGUGGCUAAAAAAGUUGAAGAAACUGAUGUUAUCAUGAAAGAAGUUGAAUCUGUAUCUCAUCAGUAUGUUGCCUUAGCUCAUUCAUGUUCAAGUAUCUAUUUCACACUGCAAGCUAUGAAUCAAGUUCAUUUUCUAUAUCAUUAUUCUCUACAAUUCUUAUUGGAUAUAUUUAAUUGUGUAUUAACACAGAAUGUUCGAUUAAAAGAUAUUAAAGAUUGCGCUCAACGUUUACAAAUUAUUACAAAAGAUUUAUUCCAGAUAACAUAUAAUCGUGUUGCUCGAGGAAUGCUGCAUAAUGAUCAAAUUACCUUUGCUGUUUUACUAUCUCGUAUAUUCAUUAAAGGUCAGGUUAGUGGUAUGCCUAGUAUCCAACAGAAUGGUCUUGAAGCUGAAUUCAAUUGCUUCUUACAUGGUCAAGAAACUGUCAAAGAAGGUGGGAAUGAUUCUUCAUCUGGCAGUGAUGCUCAACAACAUGUAUUAAGCAGAGGUCAACGGUUGAAGACAGCUUUAGCUGCUUUUAAGAAUUUAGAUAAACUAGUUUCUGAAAAGAGCGAUUCUUUCAAGUCUUGGCUAGAGAGUGUUUCACCUGAAGUUGAUGUUCCUGAGUUAUGGGAAGCAUCCAGCUCAUCGAAUAAUUGGUUCGAAGUUGUACGUAACCAACUGUAUAGUCUCUUAUUAAUCCAAGCCUUCCGUCCUGAUCGUAUGCUUGCCUCUGCACAUUUACUUGUCUCUACUUGUUUUGGGCAAAACUUUAUGGACUCUGCUCGUGGUCAUUUAGAAUUAAUGCCUCUUGUAGAGCAUGAAAUUCGAGCUAAUAUGCCAGUUUUACUUUGUGCUGUUCAGGGUUUCGAUCCAAGCGGUCAAGUGGAGGAUUUAGCAAAUGAAAAUAAAAAACAAUUAACAAGUAUAGCUAUUGGUUCUGCUGAAGGUUUUUCACAAGCUGACAAAGCAAUCAAUGCUGCAGCGAAAAAUGGAAAAUGGGUUAUGUUGAAAAAUGUGCAUUUAGCCUCUAGUUGGUUGGUACAAUUGGAGAAGAAACUUCACAGUGUUCAACCUCAUCCUAAUUUCCGACUAUUUUUAACAAUGGAAAUUCAUCCUAAAUUACCAGUGAAUGUACUGCGUUCUGGUCGUGUGCUGGUAUUUGAACCGCCUCCUGGAAUAAAAGCAAGUCUUUUGCGUACAUUCGCUAAUGUACCUGCUAAUCGAAUAUCUCGUGCACCUGCUGAACGAGCUCGCCUCUACUUCCUACUCGCUUGGUUUAAUGCUGUAGUGCAAGAACGAUUGCGUUAUGUUCCAUUAGGAUGGUCUAAACGAUAUGAAUUCAACGAAUCAGAUCUUAAAGUUGCUUGUGAUACAAUUGAUACAUGGGUAGAUAUGGCAGCAAUGGGACGUUCCAAUUUACCACCAGAAAAGGUACCAUGGUGUGCAUUACGCACACUUUUGGGACAGUGUAUUUAUGGUGGUAAGAUUGAUAAUCUCUUCGAUCAACGCCUGAUGGAAACAUUUCUCAGUGUAUUGUUUACGGAGACUAGUUUUGAGCAUGACUUCCCUCUUGUUCGAAAUGUCGAUGGACAAGUUGGUAAGAACAUUGUAACACCUGAUGGUAGUUCACGUGAUGAACUGUUAUCGUGGAUUUCAAAACUACCUGAUAUUCAAACGCCAUCAUGGCUUGGCCUGCCUAAUAAUGCAGAAAAGGUCCUUCUAACAAACUUAGGAGGUGAAAUGAUUGGCAAUCUCUUGAAAUUACAAGAGGCUAUCAGUGAUGAUGAUUCAAUUGUUGUAAGUUCAGGAUUAGAUCGUAAGAAAUCAGUGGUAGACACUGACACUAGACCUUUAUGGAUGCGUCAACUUUUAUCUAGUGCUAAAACAUGGCUUUCACUUCUUCCGAAUACUGUUAAACCGUUAACACGUACACCUGAAAAUCUACGUGAUCCAUUAUAUCGUUUCUUUGAAAGGGAAGUCAAUACUGGCUAUAAUCUUUUAAUGACUGUUCGACAAGAUCUUACUGUGGUUAUCGCUGUGUGUUCUGGUGAACGUAAGCCAACAAAUCAUCAUCGAUUGCUAAUGUCUGAUCUUACGAAAGGAAUUAUUCCAAGAGAUUGGCGCAGUUAUACGUUCCCUGCUGGACUGACUGUCAUCCAAUGGAUAAAUGAUUUUGUUGCUCGUCUUCGACAAUUACUAUUGAUAUCUGAAACAGCAUCUUCAAGUGGAGUGGCUGGUCUAAGAGAUAUACAGGUUUGGUUGGGUGGACUUUUUAUGCCUGAAGCCUAUGUUACAGCGAUAAGACAAUUUGUAGCUCAAUCUAAUGGUUGGGCACUUGAAGAACUAUAUCUAGAUGUUGAACUUGUUGUCAUGGAGAAGGGUAAGAAACCACCUCAAUUGCCUUCAUCAAAUUCUGGAGCAUUUGUUGUUCGGGAUUUAUUGUUAAUGGGUGCUGAACCAUUGGAUUCAAGUACAAUUCGCCUAUCAAGUUCUAUUUCAGUUGAACUUCCUUUGACAGUAUUGAAAUGGAUCAAAAUAUCAUCUGAUCAACGAACUGAACUUCUCGUCGAAAAAGAAGGCAGUGUACGAUUACCAGUUUAUAUGAAUGGUUCACGUAGUGUGGUAUUAUUUACCUUACAGUUACUAUCCUCUGAACCAUCUAAUCGUUUCUAUGAACGUGGUGUAGCUUUUCUUGCAUCUUCUCUUGCCUGAACAACAGCCUUUUGAUUAUUUCUCUGUAACUACAUAGUAAGACAAAUUAACUUUCAUUUUAUUUUACAACUAUUAUCAAGUACAUAUAUACAACAGUCAGUACUUAACUGUCAUUCUUUGCGCCAGUGUACUCAUCACUUUACAGAGAAGAUAUAGAUACAUUGGACCGAUCAGAUUGUUUGAAAUAUUGUUGAAAUAUUGAACUAUUUUAUCAGAAAAUUUUGCAACCUAUUUCUUGUUCAAAUUCUUCAUGUCUGUCUGUUCCUUGUUGGUUUUAUUUCCCAUCUAACUCCUCACAUAUCUAUCCGAUGGCUUACCGGUCAUAUUUAUUACUCUGUUGGUUUGUCUUGUUUGAAUUACCAUAUGUUUUUAUUUGUUUUAAUAAUUUUAUCCGAUCGUAUUUUGCUUUUGUUUUCCUGGUUUAUGAACAAUUUCUCCUAUCCUGUAUCUUUUUGUGGAAGAGAGAGAGAGAGAGAGACUACAACGUCAUUUAUGCAUCAUUCUGCUUGUAGGUGUUUUAUUAUUGUUAUCCACCUAUUGUACCUUACAUUCAUAACUUUUGGUGGUUGGGUGUUGUGAUUUCCUUUUUUAUUCUUCCUUUGGUCUCCUUUUUUAUGUAACAAGCAUCCUUUCUUGUUGAAUAACCAGUAUUGUCAAUAAUGCCGUAAUAACUUCUCACAUAUUGUUGUUAUCGUCAGUGUCUGCUUUCGUUCAGGUGUAAUAAGGACUGAUUGUGAGGGGUUUGUUAGCUAAUAACUUCAAUAACGGCUUCCAACUUCAUCGUUAAUAUAUUUCUGGAUGUUAAACUUUUCUCGUGA